AUGCUCGCAGGAGACGAGAAAGCGAAUGUUGAUCUAGAUAUCCAAAGCAGGACUUCUUCCACCAUCCUCGGCAUCAACUUUGGGCAGUCCUUCGCUUCGAUUGCUGAAGGUCAUGCCAGCUGCAUCGCCAAUGAAGAGGGAGAACGACAAAUCGCUUGUGCGAUAUCUUACAAUGGGGAGGAGAUCUAUAUCGGAAAUGGAGCUAAACCUCAGCUCGUCAAAAAUGCCAACAAUACUAUUGUUGGCUUCCGCAACCUGUUAGGGCAAACUUCCGAACCUCAAGAAGGCGCAACAUCCACAUUCGGGGCUCCCGUCGAAUUUGGGUCCAGCGGUCCGGUUUAUAAAGUAGAAGUCCUCGUUCCUCCUGCACCUGCGGCGACUCCAGCCUCGCGAUCGGCAGGCCCAUCGGGAGCCGCGACCCCGGCCAACCGAGAGCCUGUCCUUACGCAGCAAACCGUCACUGUGCCCGAAGUCACCAGCCUGUUCCUGAAAACGCUGUAUGACAGCGCGACCGACUUCUUGGGGACCGCCCCGACCGGCGUCGUUAUAUCCUGUCCUUCGUUCUUCAACGACAACCAGAAACAGGCUUUGAAACAGGCUGCGGGACAAGCUGGUAUCCCCGUUGUCCAGAUCUUGGACGAGACGGCGGCAGCAUUGGUUGCGUACAGGGUCGGCUUGGUUGAGGAACGCAAGGAACGUGAUCUCUUGGGGUCUCCAGAAGAAGGAGAUGCUGGUCAAAUGGAAUCUAGGGACAAGACUGUCGCGGUAGUUGACUUGGGCGAAACCAGUCUUCACGUUACGAUUGCUCAGACUGGGGAGGGGGAAUAUGUGAAGUUGGCAGAGAAGCGAGAUGACAAGUUGGGUGGACGUGCCUUUGAUGACCUGCUGUGUUCGCAUUUUGCAAAAGAGUUCACAAAAAAAACCAAGGUUGCCCUCAACCUCCCGUCUGGACCUAACGCAUCGGUAGCCGACAAGCGUGCGGAGAUGAAAUUGAGAUUGGCGGUGGAACACACGAAGCGAAGUCUUAGUGCGAGUACCGGAGCGGCAACCUGUGCUGUGGAAUCGCUCAAAGAGGGUAUGGAUCUUUCAGCCUCGAUCAACCGUAUCAGAUUCGACGGGUUGGCCUCGGGCGUCUACCGUCGCAUUGCGGAGAACAUCAAGUCAGCGCUCGAGCAGGCUCAACUCGAUGUCGCUCAAGUAGACGAGAUUCUCUUGGCGGGUGCAUCUACUCUCCUUCCGGGCAUCGCUAAUCACCUCUCUAUGCUCGUCGCCCCUACGGUACCCGUCACCUCGGCCUUGGAUCCCUCUCAAGUCAUCGCCGUCGGAUGUGCCUUGCAAGCCUAUCACCUUGCUCAGCUACCGGACGACCUGCCUCUCGAUAAAGUCCUCUCCAACGUGAACAGCACCAUUGCAAGCAAACCUAUUGGUAUCGUCUUCCCCGACUUGAGCCAGGAGGGUGACAGCUCGGUCCACUCGGUCGUCAUUCCGUCCGGCGUUCGACUACCUUGUCGACGGAAGGUUCAAUUCGCUGUAGCUCCGGGUUCCAGCAAGGUCGCUGUCGAGUUGUGGGAAGCCUCGACUACCGUCGAUGUCACCCAGAUCCAGCCUCCUGCCGCGAGUGAUGCUGGAGAUGCCGAUGAAUCGGACGACGAGCAGGACGAUGAAUUGGAAGAGGUUCGAACCGUCUUGCAUACCCGCGAAACCCUUUUGGCAGCCGGCGAGAUCGUCGUCGAUGGCCGAACCGACGUAGUGUUGGAAGUCGUCUUGAAAGCAGAUGCAUCAGUGCACUGGAAAGUCUGCUGA